AUGUUCUUCGUUUUGUCUUCAUUCUUCGGUAUUCUAGUUCAUCAAGUCUAUGUACGUAUCAAUGAACUGAGUGAAUCCGGUUUAAUUGAAAAUCAACAUGGUUCCAAUGGGACAAUUACUUGUAAUGCAUAUGAUGGUUAUUUACAAUUUAUUCUACCGGAUGCAACUUACACAUGGGAAGUGGAACGUAUCAAUGGUGAACGUGUUCAUCCAAAUCUAAUCGCUAAUCAAGUUGAAAUGAAUCACAAUGAAUUGCGAUAUUAUGGUUUAUCAUCAAUAGCGAAUAAAUUACGACUGCGUUGUAUUGCAGUGAAUAAUACCGCGCGUUAUAUUUCAUCUGAUUUUAGUUUUCGUGUAUUCGGUAGUAGUGGUAGUGGGAAUGAUAAAUUUGCCCCAGCGAAAACCGCGGAUAUUGAACCAGGUGCAGUGAAAUGGAUCAGUGGAGGUGGUGAAGAACGAAUCACAUUGAAAAUUGGCGGUAAAAAUGAUUUAACCAAUCAUGUCACGAUUAAAGAUGGUGAAAAUGUUCAAUUGAAUUGUACCGCUUAUGGUA